AUGCCCCAACCUGAAUUACAAUCAGCACAAUGGCUCAUCAAACAAUAUGGAUCUGGUAUUGGACAAAUAGAAUCAUCGAUAUGUGCAUCAACACCAAUGUUUAAAUGUGCAGUCAUUAAUGGAGUAAAUCAUAUUACAGAGAUGUAUGUUAAUUAA